CCAUCGCCCGGCUGCAGCGGCAGCUGGCCCAGCAGCAGUUGGUCAUCGACCAGCAGCGGCGACACAUCGACAGCCUGGCCCCGCAGCCCGGCUAGUACUCGCCACGGCCGCCAGGGGCACCGCAGCAGUUGAGACUGUACUCCUGCCGUUCCCAUCUGAAGGGAAUCUACACCCCUCGUCUGGUUAAUGACGCGUUCGUGGGCCAGUCACCGCCGCUUUUGACGGGCGUCUGCGGCGAGACACCCCUCCGCCUGGGCGGGACGGCCACUCUCACCCACCAGCCGUCACUCUGCCGGACGCCGCGUCGAAGGGAGGGGCGCGCCGCAGCUGCUACCGCCAAGCCGGCCUCACUCAGCAGAUCUCGGCCUCGCCAUGGAGGUGCCCGGCCUGGCGGAGCUGGUGUACGACGCCGAGGAGCAGCUGCAGCCGGCGGCGGGACAGCUGGUCAGCGGCCAGCUGCCCGGCUGGCUGGCCGGCUCCCUGUACCGCGCUGGACCGAGCAAGUUCAGUCUGGGCGACGGCUUCACCGUGCGCCAUUGGUUCGACGGCCUGGCCAUGGUGUGCCGGUUCGCUGUCGGCGCCGGCCAUGUCACCAUCCAAAAGCGCUUCGUCCAGUCGGACGCCUACAAGAAGGCGGUCAAGCACAAUAAGCUGAUUUAUACUGAGUUUGGAACGCGCGGCCACCCGGACCCGUCCAAGAACUUCAUCAGCCGCAUGGUGUCGUCGAUCCUGCCGACCGACAUGACGGAUAACAACUUCAACAAUAUGUACAGCGUCAACGGCCAGCUGUUCGCUGCGUGCGAGACGGCUCUGAUCCACCGGAUGGAGCUCAGCUCGCUGGAAACGCUGGAGAAGGUGGACCUGUACAAGCUGCUGGGUGUCAACUUGUGCUGUUCGCACCCCGUGACGGACGCGGACGGUACGGUAUACACCUUGGGCGUCACCUUCAUUCCCGGCUUCAAGUAUCAGCUGAACAAAAUUCCACCGGCACCGGCGGCCACGGACGGCCGAGAGGCGUUUGGAGCGGCCAAGUGCCUCCUGUCUAUGUCGUCCUCCUGGACGACGGCCUACUCGUACUACCACUCCUUCGGCCUGACGGAGAACUAUAUCGUGCUGCUGGAGCAGCCGCUGGUGAUGGUGCUGUCCAAGGUGAUGUCGAUGGUUGUCAAGGGCAACUCGCUCAAGGACUGCAUGGAGUGGCAUCCGGAGUAUAACGUGAAGCUGUACGUCGUUCAUAAAACCGACGGCAAGUUGGUCAAGACCAAGUAUGUCACUGAUGUGCCGUUCUUCCAGUCGCACAUCUGCAACGCCUUCGAAGACGGCGACCAGAUCAUCCUGGACAUGGUCACCUCGGAGGGCCCGGACAUGCUGGACGCGAUGUUCCUCGACAAGAUGAGCGAGAACAAGCUGCACUGCAGCCACCCUGGCCGCAUCACCCGCCUCGCCAUCCCCGUGUUGGAAGACGUCAAGAAGGCCGCCGAGGGCGUUAACCUUGUGACGUCACAGGCGACGACGGCGACGGCCGUGCGGAGCGGCGACACGGUGACGCUGACGCUCGACCUGUUCCCGGACGCCGGCGUCGAGUACCCGACCAUUAACCCGCGCUUGCGUGGCAAGCCUUACCGUCACCUGUACGUCAGCGGCCUGUACGACCAGGGCGCCUUCCGCAGCGGCAUCGGCAAGCUGGACAUGGUGGGGCGCUCGAAGCGCGUGUGGCGCGGCGAGCCAGCCACGUUCCCAUCGGAGGCGACGUUCGUGCCGCGGCCGGACGGCGCGGCCGAGGAUGACGGCGUGCUGCUUCUCACGCUGCUGGGCACCGGCGGUCGACCCGAUCACCUGGUGCUGCUGGACGCGGCGAGCAUGGAGCCGCUGGCUCGCGUUCGCUUCGACUGCCGUAUACCGCAGAUGGUGCACGGACACUGGGUGCCGGCCGAAAAGGCAGAGAAGGCCCAGUAGGCGAGGAAGAGAACCAGCGGUCCGCGCGGAGGAGGCUUGCUGAGCCGGCGGAAGAGGCCUGGUGUGCCGCCAAGAGCGUAGUAGGCCCAUUCUUCUAAAACGUUAAUUUUAAAGGAGACAUCGUUUGGUUACGACUGUGGACACCAUUCGUGACCGAGUCUGAAGGGGCUGCAGGCUCUGCUGGCAUGCAUCUGUAACCCACUGAAGACACGUGAGACGGAGGGGCUGAAUGGUGAGCCUCUGGCCGGCUGCUGUCCGCGACCGCGGACCGUCGCAACACGGAAGAGCAAAGCGCGGUCCGUCAUGCUGGCGACGGCGGGGCAAUAUGUAAGGCGCAUAGUUUUCUAGCGAGCUGAUCUCAGUUCUCGUCUGGCAAUACGCCUAACAGCAACGUGAGACGAAAGAUUGGCGUGAGGCGGCUUUUAUUCCAGCUUGCACACGCUGAGAUGAAUAAGUGAUCGAAUAUGCAUAUCAGAAAACGCUCAUACCUGUGGACUGUCGACGGUUAUUGCGGUGCUUGUUCUUACUGCUGUAAUUGCACGUGCAUUGGUGAGCUGCCAGCAACAGGGCCGGGUUCCGGGAACAUAUUUCACAACCACAAAUGACUGGUUUCGCACUAGAUGGGCCUAUCGAAGGAAAGCUAUUGUUUAUCACGACCGUGGUGAUGGGUCUUCUGCUGAAAUGUAUUUGCACAGUGCACGCCAAAGUCCACGCCCCUCGAUGCGGCAGUGAGAGCUGUGACAACAUAUUCUGCUUUGUUCGGGAUCGCACCCCGCGGUGGCACUCGUCCCUGUAAGACGUACUGCAUGAUACAAACUGUUAUGCAACUCGUUCUUGUGCACUUUGAGAUGCUAUCAUACUGUCAAGUAGUACAUAAAUGCAGGUCAUGACCUC